AUGGCCAAGGCUGCCUUGUCCAAGUCGGCUGGAAUGAUGGCCAAGGCCACUGUCGCUAAGGCGCCACCCAAGGCGGUCAUCGCCAAGGUGCCGCCGAAGCAAUUGCAGCAGCAGGUAAGGCCAGGGCCAACGGCCAGCACCUCCAAGGCCUCGCCGCCGGCUUCGCCCAACGAGAACGUGCCGGACGAUGCACUGUACCAGCUGGUGGGGGAGCUCACGGAGGACCCUGUGGUUCAGGAUGGUCUCAUACUGGAGGACCGCUUGAACGAGGUCUUCAGAAGGCUCUGGGAUGGAGCCGCCCGAAAGCCCAAGGAUUGGGUGGCUGCAUGGCAAGCCCUCGGCAUCCCAGGUGAUCGACAGGGCGAGGCGUUGCAGAAACUCUUAAACCUGGCUUUCGUGCAGACUGAGGACCCGGACAAGGCACCCUUGGUGCUGGCCGAGUUGGUCAAAGGGCACAAGGUGAAGAUGCGUAACGUGGAGGAUGUCUUCGUGUCCUUUGGGUGUGGCCCUUGGGUUUCCGGAGAACACGGUGGCGGGCGGAGAAAAGCUGCGGAGUUGAGACCCGAGUUAAGAUGA